GAUCCUCGCAAAUGAGCCCGCAGACAGGCGAUGCAAUAGAUAGGCGAUGAACUAAAAUUCAUCGCCGAGUGAAAGUUUCAACGGCUCUAUAGCUCUCUCUCAUUUGAGAGAGCCCAAAAGAAGCCCAUGUUCAAGAUACAUGGUUUCAACUACGUUCUCUGUCUCUCUGCAUCUGUCUCUCUUAAUCUCUUUUUCUUCUAUCUAUUCCUUAGCCAUGAGCCCGAGCUGGAGCUCACAUGGACUAAGGAAGCUGCCUUGGAAGCGGAAGCUGUUGCUUCUCUUUCUUGCUCCGGCCAUGGGCGGGCUUUCUUAGAUGGGUCCAUUGGUUCGGACGGAAAGCCCAUCUGCGAGUGUUAUUCAUGUUACAAAGGGCCCGAUUGCUCCGAAUUCUCGCUUGAAUGUCCUGCAAAUGCCGAAAGUGGAGAUCCUCUGUUCUUGGAAUCUUAUUGGAUGCAGCAUGCGGCCAGCAGCGCUGUCGUGGUGGCGGGAUGGCACCGGAUGAGCUACGUUUUGAGUGACGGUUCAUCCAUCUCGAUCAAGCUCAAGACACUCAUCCAACGGCUGCACGCCAUCGUAGGUAACGCAAACACGACCGAUAGAUUCAUCGUUUUCGGUGAUGGCUCGACGCAGCUGCUUAAUGCAGCGGUUCAUGCACUUUCUGAAGCUGGUUCGUCACAUCCCGCAAGCGUCGUAGCAUCAGUUCCUUAUUACACGGCAUACGCAAGGCAGACCGAAUUUUUCAAGUCAGAUGAAUUUGGAUGGGAAGGAGACGCACUCAAGUGGAAAACCACAAAUGAUUCAUCAACUGACUUUGUUGAAUUUGUAACUUCACCCAACAAUCCUGAUGGACAGCUACGACAACCUACUCUUCGAGGCCCAUCUGUCAAAACAAUCCACGACCAUGCUUAUUACUGGCCACAUUUUACUGCAAUCCCAGCUCCAGCUGAUGAAGAUGUCAUGCUCUUCUCAAUUUCGAAGAUUACUGGUCAUGCUGGUAGCAGAUUUGGGUGGGCCUUGAUAAAGGAUGAGAACGUGUAUCAAACGAUGACUACGUAUUCAGAGCUAAACACCAUGGGUGCCUCACGUGAUACCCAAUUGAGGGCUUUCAAGCUUCUCAAAGCUGUCUUAAAAGAUGGAGGAAAUGACUUCUUCGACUUUGGACACAACAGGAUGAGUGAUCGAUGGCUCAGAUUAAACAAUAUCUUAUCCACAUCAAACCGUUUCUCACUCCAGAAACUGGCUCCUAAGUACUGCUCUUACUUCAAAAAGAUUACAGAUCCUUCUCCAGCUUAUGCUUGGCUGAAGUGUGAGAGAGAGGAAGAAAAAGAUUGCAACAGCGUCCUUAAAGCCGCAGGCAUCAUCGGCCGCGAGGGUAGCUUUUUCGGUGCCGAAAGCCGCUACGUUCGUCUCAGCCUCCUCAAGACUCCAGAUGACUUCGAUUGGCUGUUGCAACGGCUCAAAGCCCUGAUCGCCGAGGAGGGUCCCAAAACUAUUUAAUACACGGCCCACAUCUUUGCAUGGUAACACACGGUUUUUAAGUUCUGAUUAGUGGGGCCCAUGGAUCGGUUAUCCAGACCAUUGGCAUGCCAUGUCCCACCAUGUUUGGACCUCACCUCUAAGAUAGCCUCGAUAGGAAAAAUCUAAGCCUUUCAAUCUCUGUCCUGCGUGGGACCCAACAGAUCAAUGGUCUGGAUUUUUGAACCAUUGGCCUCACUUAUCUGAUCUUAAAUCUGGUGUAUACAAUGCAAAUGGCCACAUAUCAUAAUAAUUCUGCAUUUAGAUAACAUAAUAAAUUGUGUUGAUCGAGUAUGAUUGGUCAAUGAUGAUACAUGAAUGCCACGUAUCAUAAUAAUGCUGUAUUUAGAUAUCAUAAUCAAUUGUGUUGAUUAUGAUUAUGAUUGGUCAAUGAUGAUACAUGAGUGAUUUAUAUUGUAAGUAUAAAUGAAAUUCAAUGGGUGUAUAUGAAAUUAUCAGAUACAGGCACUGUAUAUGAACUCUCA